GACACGUGAGAUUAUUUUGAUAGCCUGAAACUUACAGAGAAGAUCCCAAAAUCAUUUCUCUUCUCCCUGGUUCUUGGCUUCCUGCAGUCUUUCCGAAGAGCGCCCCAGCAUCGCCGUCUCCGAUUCCGCCUCCAUCGCUGCUGGCAGAGGCCCUCGCCGUGUGAGUUACAAAAAUGCCAAAAGUAAAGACAAACCGUGUUAAGUACCCUGAGGGAUGGGAAUUAAUUGAGCCUACACUCCGUGAACUACAAGCAAAGAUGAGGGAAGCUGAGAAUGAUCCACAUGAUGGCAAAAGAAAAUGUGAGACAUUAUGGCCUAUAUUUAAAAUUGCACACCAGAAGAGCCGCUACAUAUUUGACCUCUACCAUCGGAGGAAGGAAAUUUCUAAAGAACUGUAUGAAUUCUGUCUGGAUCAAGGAUAUGCUGACCGCAAUCUAAUUGCUAAAUGGAAGAAGCCUGGUUAUGAACGUCUAUGUUGCUUGAGGUGUAUGCAGCCACGUGAUCACAAUUUUGCCACCACUUGUGUUUGCAGAGUUCCCAAGCAACUUAGGGAGGAGAAGGUCAUAGAGUGUGUUCAUUGUGGUUGCAAAGGUUGUGCUAGUGGGGAUUGAUUGAACAUCAAUUCUAGUAUUAGUUGCCAAUGGAGGGUUUCUUAGAAUUAAUUUGUGCCUUCAGCUUUCUGUUGCCUGUAACCCUAACCAUGGGGCACAACUUCUCCAUGUUGUAUUGCCGUCUAUUAACUUCAUGAGUUCGAUAUAUUGGGAAUGUUAGUUAAGUAUUAUCUGCCUAGUAUGAAUCUGACUGGAGUUUGGUACCUUUGCAUUGAUUCGCGUGACAUGGUGUACUUUUGCUCGAUAUCUCACGGCUUUAAACAUUUGGCGUAGAAUAAUUGAACAAAGGUUAAUGCAAACAACUUUGGAUGGUACUUUUUCCCCCUUUGUAAUGUUUUAAGAUUGAAGUCAAUACAAAUCGCGUUUU